AUGGCUUCAGCAUCUGCGGCGGGGUCGUAUUCGAACCCCUUGAAGAAGUUCAAGCUCGUCUUCCUCGGCGAACAAAGCGUGGGCAAGACAUCUUUGAUCACCAGAUUCAUGUACGACUCGUUCGACAACACAUACCAGGCAACGAUAGGAAUUGACUUCCUGUCAAAGACUAUGUACCUCGAGGACCGAACGGUUCGACUCCAGCUCUGGGAUACCGCCGGCCAGGAGCGAUUCCGAUCCCUAAUUCCUUCCUACAUUCGUGACUCCAGCGUAGCGGUCGUCGUUUACGAUAUCUCGAACGCCAAAUCCUUCCAGAACACGAGGAAAUGGAUUGACGAUGUGCGGGGCGAGCGCGGAAACGACGUGAUUAUUGUGCUGGUGGGCAACAAGACCGAUUUGAGCGACAAGCGAGAAGUUACGACAGCGCAGGGUGAAGAGGAGGCCAAGAAGAACGGCCUGAUGUUUAUCGAGACUAGUGCGAAGGUCGGCCACAACGUUAAGCAAUUGUUCAGGCGGAUAGCUCAGGCGCUGCCCGGUAUGGAGGGAGAAGCCAACAGGGGAGAAAGCCAAAGUUCGUUUGUUCAACGUAGCUUAUUGUCUCUGUUUUGUUUACUGACCGCUGCACAGUGA